GUCGCGCUGGCCUUCGGAGGCGAGGCGAACGUCGGAGCGGUGGUGCACGGUCGCGCGGGGAGGUGAAUUCUCUGUGGGAAGAGCGGGUGAAGGAGGACGAGGACGAGGACGAGGACGACAGCGACGACGACGACGACGAAAACAAAAACGACAGAGACAAAGGUGGACAGAGACGAAGGUGAUACGGCGACGCGAUUCGCCACGCAUGUUACGCAACGUGUGAUGCGACCGAUGCACCGUCGGCUGUCUUAGCGUCGUUUUAAAGGUUACCAUCGCGCGAAGGGAGCGAUCCCCGAGGGGAAAUUCAUUUCGGUCGACCGACCGCGAUGGGACGAUGUGCCGCCGCCGUUGCUGCAGCAGCAGCGUGACGCGGCGGAGGUUAUGACAGCGUAUUCUCAUGUACGAUCGCGCCGCGUCGCACGCGUGCGAAUGACAAUCGGCCGAGAAUACCCGACGUCCCUUAUACAUGUACGUUGGACGACGGUGCCUGGGCGACGUUAACGGAACGUCGCGAUUUGAUGCUGCGCGUGAUUCUCCGCAAGCGUGGUGCGAGGGGAACGGCCCCAAAAAAGUGGUGCAACAAGUUCGCGGCGGAUUGUCACGGCCGCUCUCGUUAUUUCAGGUGACCCCAAUCCAACGCAUCCGCGCGAUCGGCCGGUCACCGGAAGAGAAAGGGUAGUCGCUGCUUCGUCUGGAUCGCCUGGCGUCCGGGCGAAUCUCGCGUGGCGAGAGCCGAGAACGACGUUCGUUCCUCACGGAGCGCGUAACAUCGCCAUCGUCAUCGCCCUGCGGCGCAUCGCGUUGCGUCACUUGCGCUCACGACGCCAUUUUCGAUUAUUCGCGAGCGAACGGCGUGAUAGCAGCCGGUGGCCGUGGCCGUGGCGACGGUGGGACGUGACUGCAGCGCGCGCCGCGCGACUGCCGCUCACUUCUCGGCCCUUGCCCUCUCGGCCCACCCCCCUCCUAACCCCUUUGGGGCCUGUACCACGCGAUCCCGUCAAGUGUAUAUAUCGUUUACGAUUCACGGGUGGAUUGUGUGUACAUAUAAAUGGCGGCUGACGAAAGAUGGUAUUUUACGAGAGAACAGCUUGCCAACACGCCGAGCAGAAAAUGCGGCAUCGACGGAGACAAGGAGCUGAGCUAUCGGCAGCAGGCGGCGAAUUUUAUCCAGGACAUGGGACAGCGGCUUGUGGUAUCACAGUUAUGCAUCAACACAGCCAUAGUCUACAUGCACAGAUUCUACGUAUUCCAUUCACUGACGCAUUUCCACAGAAAUGCUAUUGCAGUGGCUGCUCUUUUUCUAGCAGCGAAGGUAGAAGAGCAACCACGAAAAUUGGAACAUGUUAUUAAAAUGGCAUAUAUGUGUCUUCACAGAGACCAACCUCCACCUGAUAGUAGAUCGGAGUCAUUUCUGGAGCAGGCGCAAGAUUUAGUAUUCAAUGAGAACGUUCUCUUACAAACAUUAGGAUUCGACGUUGCAAUUGACCAUCCGCACACACACGUUGUAAGAUGUUGUCAAUUAGUAAAAGCAAGCAAGGAUUUAGCUCAAACAUCAUACUUCAUGGCAUCCAACAGUCUACAUUUAACUACAAUGUGUCUGCAGUAUAAACCAACAGUUGUUGCCUGUUUUUGUAUACAUCUGGCGUGUAGAUGGUCUAAUUGGGAGAUACCACAAAGCACUGAAGGGAGACAAUGGUUCUGGUAUGUAGAUAGAACCGUAACUGCGGAACUACUUCAAGAGCUCACAGACGAGUUUCUUCAUAUAUUUGACAAAUGUCCAUCGAGAUUGAAAAGAAAAAUUAUGAGCAUCUCUGCGAAUCAGAGUCCGAGCAUUCAUCCUCCGAGUCUCUCAAAUUCGCCAUUUGUAAGUACUGAUACCGAGCCUCGUAGAAUACAAUCUCCAGCCACCUCGGCGGAUAAUGCUGUCGCUGCCGUUGUCGCCCAUUUAAAUCGCUCCCAUCACGCGGCGGAAGGUGCCGCCGUCGCUCACUCGAGCCGUUCGCAUCACGCGGCGGAAGGCACCGCAGGUGCUCCUGCCGCCGCCGCCGCCCAUUCGAGCCGCUCGCAUCACGCGACGGACGGUACCGCUUCCGUCUCCAUUACCGCUGCUGCUGCUCAUUCGAAUCGAUCUCAUCAUACAACUGAUGGUGCUGUCGCUCAUUCGAGUCGUUCUCAUCACUCGACGGACAUCGCUACUGCUUCCGUCACUUCCGUCGCCGCCCACUCGAGUCGCUCUCAUCAUGGGAUGGACAGUGCCCCUGCCACUUCUGCCGCCGUCAUUACUGCUGUUACUGCUCAUUCAAGUCGAUCUCAUCAUACUCAACAAGAGAAACAAGAUGAGAAGAAAGCUGGUACCAUCGCGGGACAACCGCCAAUAUCGAGAUCAGUCACGAUAGAUUACAGAGAAUACCGCGAGAAAAAAGAACGAGAGCGUCUAGAACGCGAACGUCUAGAACGUGAAAAGACUGUCGCUGCGAUUGGAUGUCAUAACGCUGAUCCUAAUAAAUCCCAUCAUUCAUCUCAUCAUCAUAAACAAGUAUCGAACGCGAGUAUACCAAGCAAGCACCAAAUACCAUCCGUACAAAAAAGCACUGGUCUCCAUCAUAAUCAUCAUCAUCGUCAGGACAUAAAAGUUGGUCAACCAGUUCCGCAAAGACAUUCAAGCAGUGGUCAACCUAAUCGCGACCCCAAUAGACGAUUGCCGAGGGAGCACAAUGCCAAUGUAGCCAGUGCGAGCGUCGGUAUAACGCACUCUUCGCACUCUCAUGCCAAUUUGGAUAGUUCCUCCGAGUCCGCUUCUCAUAGGCCGGAUAGUGCUAUGCCGGAUUCCGUGUCCUCGGCACAUGGAAGUUUGCAGGAGAAAAUGAGCACCAACAAUCACGGACACAGACUGAAUGCGCUCGAUAGCAAGCAUCAAGCGCACGAUAAAAGAUUAUAUCGAGGAGAGGAUCCAAGACUUAAGUCCGCCAAGUACGCAGAUAUGAAUAGGAUUGAAAAUCAACGCCGGAAAGCGGAGACUUUGGAACAGAGAUGCGAGGAAGUACGGAAGCUGAUUGAGAAGCCGUUGCCGCCGCCGAAGCAGACGGAUGUGCUGUAUCUGAUGAAUGCGCAGCAAAAACAAGCGCACCAUGCGAAGUAUAAUCAGCAGCAAGAUAAAUCACAGAGCAGCUCGUUUGUCGGCGAUAUAAAGCAUACGCCGACUACCAAUCAGAACGUGCUCCCGCAGGGUACGUCACCGAGCACUUCAUCAUCGCAAAAAUCAACGUCUCUCAAGACGCAGAUAUAUAAUCAACAUACCGCGCAGGGUGUAUCCCAGAUUCUGAAAGAUACUAUCAAAAACGGCAGUUCCCAGUCUUGCUUAAGUACGUUGAACAAUGUAGACGAUAUAAAGACAGAGAAACGACCGCGAUCUAUUGCGCAUGAGGACUUUGCUGAAAGAAACACCGCGGACGCUCAGCAGAGUAAUCUGCACACACCACCUGGCAAGCACAAAUCACUUUUCAGUCCAGAGACAUCAAUCACUCCCAAAGAAUCACACGCGCAAAGCGUGAGGCCUAAAUCAAAGCAGAAGACUCCACCUUUCGCAGCUACGAAGGUGAAGGAACGCGUAUCACCGUUUGCGAGCUCCCCGACUCUGCAAGACUCAUUAACAAUGAAACGAAUAGCCUCCAACGACAGUGGGCCAACCACACAUAAAAGAAUCCGUACUUCGAGUAUCGGUGAGAGUGAACAGUCUGUGAAAAUAAAGCAAGAGAUAAAGCUGGAGGAUCCGUCUGUGAAAAUAAAACAAGAGAUAAAGCUAGAGGAUCCAUCCAGUUUGGAGGCGAUGAAGAUGCUUGGUCGUGUGCCCGAUCUGAUCCAACCAAUACGUGACAAUCCGUCGAAUAGCAGAAACAGCAGUGCGUCAUCCGUCAUUAACGAUUUGAAACCACCAGAACUCAUCAAACCGUUUGAAUCGGAUCAGUCUCGUUACAACGCGAUCGCGCAGCACAAAGGCUCGACAAUGAAUAUGAGCGCACUGACAAAUGGUAUGGACCUCAACGUAAUCAAACAAGAGUUGCCGGAACAGCGAAUAAAAAGGGAGCUCCUUGAUUACGUAAAGAAGGAGCCGGGACAUAGAGCCCCAGAAUCAUUGCAUUCCCACUCACAGACGAAGCUCGAGUACACGUCGCCGAUAAAAUCUGCGCAGAGUAUAAGCGCAUUGCUCCAGGAACCAUUGGCGCCGAUGCCAUCGCUGUUGCAGGGAUUGCAACAACAUAUACAACCUCAACAAAUACAACCUCAGCAGAUAAAAAUAGAAUCUCAGGAACAUAUACACCAGCAACAACAUCAUCAGCUACAGUCUAUUCAGCAUUCGUUGAUCGUCGAGCAGUUGCCAGUGACGAGUCAGUGUUUAUCAAUAAUGAGCGAUAAUUUUACAUCGAUUGCCUCGACAGUCGACAUCAGCGUUCUCUCUGAUAACGUGUCAAUGACGAUGCCAACUAAUAGCACCAUAGAACUGCCGGCACCAAUAGCCGCAGCAUCGAUUUCUACAGUAUCGAUUGUUCCUCCGAUUGAAGAGAAAAGAUCGGAGCACCAUAAGAGUGAGAAAAAGAAAAAGAAAGAAAAACAUAAACAUAAAGACAAAGAGAAAAGUAAGGAGAAACAUAAACAUAAGCACAAAGACAAGGAUAAAGAGAAACAUCGUGAGAAAAAAGACAAGGAAAAAAGCGAAGAAACGCCGGCAGCAGCACCCAUCAAGAUUACGAUUCCCAAGGACAAGCUGAACCUGAGCACGGAAGUAUCAACAACCGUAGUCGGCGGAGGCUUGUCCGACAAAAACAUAUCGCCGCAGAGUACAGGUCUAAAAAUCAAGAUCCCCAAAGAACGGCUCAAAGGCACCGAUAGCGUGCCUAGUUCCUCACCAGCGCAGCCACCGAUGAUGCAGGCUCCGCUAAAGAUUAAAAUACGUACCGACGGCAUCUCGAGAAGUUCCGCAGCGACGGCACCGCCGUCGGCAUCAUCAUCAUCAUCAGCGAAUGGUUCGAGUGGAUCCUCGCACAUGCAGGUCUCCUCCGAAUUAUCCGCAAAUGAAACGACGAAUCGGAAACGUGAGCGCGUCGAGAUGACUGGCGACAGUUCGGGCCUCCCAUCUACAAAGAAGCAGUCGCUGGUGAUACCCACUAUGGGUUACGGACAGAGUCAUCGACCAGGAGAACGGCAGAAUGGCAGACACUAUAACUCCGGCAGCAAUAACAAGGAAAGACACACGUCCAGUCAUCACAAAAGCUCCAGCAAACUGCCACAGUCUCAGCAGUCCCACGCGACGUAGUGUGACAAUUUGGAUGAAGUAAUCAGAAGUUGCUCCAAACGAUCGGUCCAUGCUGAAGAGGAAAGCGCAUAGUCCGAACUAAUCCACUCAGGUGGUAGGAUGAUUAAUGAGGGAGAUAUUACUACUUUGUUUUAUUGUCCUAAGCUUUUGAAACGAUAACGAGAUAUAUAACACUCGGAUAUGUUCUGAGAUAUAUUUUGAGAAAUUUCUGCAACAUGUAUAUACCAGAACAUACCUGAUUUGUCUCUGAUAUUGAUCGUUUGCCUCGAUAAGGAUCAUCUCUACUCGUUCAUUUCUUUCUCAAUCUCGCCUCUUCUCUUUUCUCGUUCUCUCACGCUUUCUUCUUAUUCUGGCGACGAGAAAAUGGUUUUCUACAAUCGUCACAGUGACAUACCUUAGAUUAAAAAAUGUAAAUAAGAGAGAGGAAAACAUGAUCUUACUCAGUUUAAUUAAAUGUGACGCACUCCUGAUUGCUCGCGAUUCUUUUCACUCGCCCGCCUCUCUUCCAUUCACAGAGCGCACAUGCAAUUGAGUGAUGAUCUUGAAACGGAGAUGAUUCUUGUUGACGAACGCUCUCUCGUCUGUCCUAAAUGAAAAUUUACGACAAAGUGCGUGAAGUAUUAGUACAUGAUUAACGAUUGUUAAUACCGAUGCUAUGAUCUAACGCUUCGCUAUUUCUAUUGCGAGUUUCCACUUGUUUAUUAUGUUUUCAUUCAAGUGUCUCAAAAUUAUUUUUUAUUUGAUUUUAUUUUAGUUUAUAUACAUGUCUCUUUAUACUUCGAGAGAUUGAUAAUAGUAAAAUUUACAGAAAAAUUUUUCUUGACCUUGAUAUGAGACUUGGUGUAUCAUAUAUAGAUUCUUGAAAGAAAUCUGUCUCCAAAUGAAGAUGUCAAGAUUUCAAAGACAAAAUUCAUAAAACAACCUUAAAAAAAAUCUAAAAAAUAUAAUGCAUAUUUAAUAUAACAAAGGUAUAUAAGAGUAUAAUUAAUUAUAUUCGAAUAAAGAUCGAAAAAACUGUAAACAAGCAUUUCAUCGAAAUAAAAUAAGAAAAAUCAAUUUCGGAAUGUUCGUAAUUUUCUGAUAUGAUCAGUAUAGUGCAUUUUUAUAUGCAAUAAAGUAUAUGCAUACAAUAAAUUUGUAUUAAAUGCUUUUGCAUAUUUUUUCAUAAACUUCAUAACAUGUUAUUUUUGAAAUUCUGAAAUGUAACUUGAUGUAACAUAAACUCAAAUAUUAGUUUCAUUUUUAAUAUUUGAAUAUCUAUACGAAACACCUAAUCUUGUAUCAAAGUUGGAUAAAAGAUUUUUUUGUAAUCGAUAGCAUCUAUAAUUAAUAAUUAAAAAUGAUGGAAAAAAAUUCCUAUGAUGAAAAAAAUUCAAUAUAGAUAUAUUCAUAGAUAUUUGACUACAUCCGAAGAAAUAUCGAAAAAAUAUUAAAAAAAGAAAGAAUGUUAUAUUUAAUAAUAAACUCGCGCGAGUAGCGAUGCGUUAAGUCGGAAGAGGGUGGUUAAUAUACCGCUUAGCAAAGAGAGACCUUCGUUAUAAAUUGUUUCAGGGAAAAAAAA